GGACGUGCGUGUGGCGCCCCACACCCCGGCCCUCAGGAGGUCGUCACGGGGAGACGACAGCACCGUCAGUAGCGGAAGCGACAGCAGGUCCCGCCGCUCCGCAUCGCGAGGCGUGUCGCCCCCCGCAGCCUCCAGGGCACCGCCGCCCACCCUCACACUGCACCUCAGUGACUCAGCUGUGCGGCAUGGAGGGCAGUACCCGCGAGGCAGUGGCACAUCUGGUGAAGGUGGGGGUGCAGGCAGAACAGCAGGAGACGGCAGGAUGCGUGGGGGAGCCAAGCGUGGCAGGAAGUCCAGCAGAGGCAGCUCCUCCCAGGACACAGGCGACCACACCCGCCUCCUUCCAUCACGAUCUCGCAUGCCAGCAUUCCGCCUGCCGGGUUUUAGCGUGCAAGACCAGGAACGACAGCAGCAUCGUCGUCGUCUGGAAGCUCUCUCUCAGCUGGGUCUUCACACUGCCUCCGACCUAGCACUUCACAGGAUGCUCCCAUCACCCUUCCAUAUAGCAAUGAAGGGGUCGCCUAGGACGAGUGGGGCUACAGCCUCGCGCCGCGAUAUGCAUCGUGGAAACAGCUACCACCUCGUCGGUAAUAACCUUCCAGUGGUAGCGCCACCCGGCGGGAACGAGAGAGACUACCUUCCACAGCAGCAGAAGCAGCCACAGGUCUCCAGCGAGGAGUCGUCUACACUUGGACGACCACUGAGCACUAGGGAACUCAUGAGGAAGGUGAAGCGUCACCAGUCAGCCAUCAGGAGGGAGAGACGACGCUUUAUAGCCGGGGCUGAGAGACCUCCAGCAAGGAAGAAAGCUAGUUACCUUGAGAUGUUGGAGAAUCGCCAGGACUUCCGGCGGACGCUGGUGAAGCUUCUGAAGAGUGACGAGUGUCGGACGAAGAGUGGACGAGCCCAGCUGGAGCGUCGCUACCAUUACUUCAUCACCAGAGGUCUGUCCAUGCGGGCCAGCCCCUUCCAGAGGUCCUGGGUCUCCGCCAUACUAGGUCUCGUUCCUAAGCAUCUCAGGACACAGAUGGGGACGUGCCAGGACCUGCUGCAACAGUUGCAGAGAGACUACGAGCACAACAUGAGGAAAGUUGCAGUCGACUUUGUCCUCAACUCUGGCAAGCCUCGUCCCCGCCCGCAGCUUUCUGCUGAGAUGGCAUCAGAUCGCGUGGCGCUGGAGUCGUGGGCACCGUCCAAAAACUCUCUGAGGAAGAACCUCCACUUGUUCAACGUCUGCAUGCUGCAGACGCUGGAGCUGUGGUACCGUGAAUACAGCGGUCUGAGACUGGUGGAUGUAGCACAGAUCAUGGCCGGGAAAGGAAGCCUGGAACUGGAAGAGUUUAUGGCUGGAGUGGGAGACCAACUGGACGCCACCAACGACACCCUCACACUCUGGUUCACUCAGAUCCAGACUAUCUUCUACAAGGGGUUUCAACGAGGCCAGAUGCCAGGGUUCAGCCAGCCAGCACGACUCUCCUCCUUCUGCAAUGCCGCCGUCACUAUCAUGACCCACAACCUGCAGUCUCUGUGCCUCCUCUCUCUCUUCUCCACCACCGCCUCCCUCUGUGGCGCCGAGCCCAAGCUCCUGGACCCUGCCUCGAUAGCUCUCUGGGUCAAAGAACCCACCUCAGGUCGUGCAGCACACAAGUGUACACCAUCAGCAGGUGGGAGUACCCAAGGUGAAGACGUCACAACAGAUGAAGGUCUUGGAGAGUCUAUAGGUGGUGAUUCAGAGGGUGCCACCAAGGAGGCAACGGCCGUGGCUCCUGCUGCAGAUGAGCAGCAGGAGGUGGAUGCUAAUGACGAAGAUGCUGUUCUCCUGCAGGCUGGCUCUAGCGGGCAUCCCAAAAAGCCAAUGGUGUUAAAAUUGCAUCUACUGUUGAGUGGCAAGCAGGUGAUCAUCAAGCCAACGUUCACAGAGGUAGAGUCAUCGCUGCUCUCGCUCUAUGAAAAGAUGAUAGAACUGAGCAUGUCUGUGCCUCGUCUGGAGACGAAGCUCUUCGCUGAGUGGGAGGGACGUCAGGGCGACAUUACCCCGGUGGUGGAGGAGAAAGUGGUGAGAGAAUUGCGACAACAGGUACUGAAGGAGAUCUCGGACUCUAACGUGGCCCCAACCCACCACGCCACCAGGUACAACAAGUACGACUCCCUCAUCAGCGGCCAGGCAGAAGAGGAAGUGCAGGAGUUCAUGUCAGGUGAUCACCCGUUUGAAUCCUACGUGGAGAAGCUGACAGAAUUUACCGUCCUGAGAGCUGACAUCCUCACCUCCUCUCAGCAGGUGGUUGAGCUUGGCCCCUACGAGGUGCACUGUGAGGCGUUGGUGGCAUCCCUGGUGACGCGAGUCACUAACCUUCGAAGAGAGAUGCUCUCUCACCUGCACCAGCAGUACUGCUCAUCUGCUGACACGCUGUGUGCAGAACUGAAGGUGAUCACUGAGCGCGCUCUCAGCACACCAGGGGACACUCUGGAACUGAUGGAACACAAGGCAUACAUGGAGGAUGUUAUGGAAAAUCAGUUGCACACCCUGGAGGGCCGCGUCUGGCGCCUCCACACGCAGCUGCAGUUCUUGGCUGAGAAUAUGUCACUGAGUUCCGAGGAGUGUAGCGAUGCCGUCCAGCCUCUAGCCUGGUUCAUCCGCCUGCCGGAGGUCUUCCGUGUUCACCUGCAGAUCAUCACUGAGAAGAGAGCGGAGUACGAAGCUAACCUCAGGGAGCGUCGGGAGAAGUUCCAGGAUGAGCUGGCGGAAUAUUCAGUUCAGCUCGAAGAGUUCCAGACUCUGGGAGACCACAACGAGAUCCACGAGUACUUGCGACGAGCCCGGUCCCUGCACUCUCGUCUAGACCAUGCUGCUAACUACAUCGAACAGAUCAACAAAGAGGAGGAGGCCCUCUCCUGGAACACCACUCAUUACCCACUCAGGAAGCAGGUGUCGGACAAACUGGCCCCGUUCUUGAAGCUCUACGAGGUGGGUGUGGAGUGGUCAGACCGCUUGGAGGAGUGGCUCCACUCCCCUGUGGGCACCCACGACCCUGAUGUCAUAUCCCAGGAAGUGGCGGCCACCUGGAGGACGGUCUACAAACUCGAGAAGGGCUUCGGGGACAUCCCCGCGGCCAAAAACGUAGUAAUCGCGGUUCGACAGCGUAUUGAGACGUUCAGAGAGAACCUUCCCUUGGUGCAGACGCUGGGUAACCCGGGCCUCAAGGAGAGACAUUGGGAGAAGAUCUCAGAAGUGGUUGGAUACCCUCUCAGAGCGGACGCUACCACCACCCUUCAGCGUCUUAUAGACUCCAACCUCGAGGACUACCUUUCCAAGUUCGAAACUGUGUCAGAGGCGGCCUCCAAGGAGCACGUCUUCGAGAGGAACUUAGAGAAAAUGAAGAGUGAGUGGCAGGAGAUGGAACUGGUGUUAAAGCCUCAUAGAGAGACAGACACCUGGGUGCUCUCAGCUGUCGAAGACAUCCAGUUUCUGCUGGACGAUCACAUCGUCAAGACCCAGUCCAUGAGGUCCUCACCCUUCAUCAAGCCCAUCGAGCAGGAAGUGGCGGCGUGGGAGACGACACUGGCGCAGCUGCAGGAGGUGGUAGAUGAGUGGUUGAGGGUGCAGGCAACGUGGAUCUACCUGGAGCCUAUCUUCGGUUCCCCGGACAUCAUGGCCCAGAUGCCUGAGGAGGGACGCAGAUUUAAUACGGUGGACAAAACUUGGAAGGACAUCAUGAAGAGCGUGCGGCAGAACACCAGGGUGCUCUCCGUGCUGGAGGUCGACAAGAUCCUGGAGAGGCUCCGCAAGUCCUCAGAGCUGCUCGAACUGAUCCAGCGAGGUCUUAAUGAGUACUUGGAGAAGAAGCGACUUUACUUCCCCAGGUUCUUCUUCCUCUCCAACGAGGAGCUGUUGGAGAUCCUCAGCGAGACGAAGGAUCCGAGCAGGGUUCAGCCUCACCUCAAGAAGUGCUUCGAGGGCGUCAACUCCCUGGACUUCGGCGACGACCUGGAGGUGGUUGCUGUGAGAUCGAGUGAGGGAGAGGUCAUUGGUCUUACUCACAUCAUCAGCACAGCCAAGGCAAGAGGACAGGUGGAGAAGUGGCUGGUACAGUUGGAGGCCAGCGUCAAGUCCAGCAUCAAGAAGGUGGUGCAGUCGUGCAUGGAGGGGUACUCGAGCAAGUCUCGCGAAGACUGGGCCUUGGAGUGGCCUGGCCAGGCAGUUCUCUGUGUGUCUCAGACUUUCUGGACCACACACGUCUCUCGCUGCAUGCUGGAAGGCCCCAAGGAGAUGGAGGCUUACUACGAGCUGUGUAAUAGUCAGAUUGAGAAGGUGGUUGGACUGGUCAGGGGUCAACUCUCCAAGCAAAACCGCACCACUCUUGGAGCACUGGUGGUGCUGGACGUGCACGCCCGGGACGUCCUGAAGGAGGAGAUUAUGAAGAAGAAAGUGACGGAUCUUACAGAUUUUACCUGGCUCUCUCAGCUCAGAUAUUAUUGGCAGGACGACAUCCUCAAGGUGCGGAUGAUCAACGCUGAGCUAGACUACGGCUACGAGUAUCUGGGUAACACAGGACGUCUUGUCAUCACCCUACUGACUGACCGCUGCUACCGCACACUCACCCAGGCUCUCAUGCUCAACCUAGGCGGCGCUCCAGAAGGCCCAGCAGGCACGGGCAAGACAGAGACCACCAAAGACCUGGCCAAGGCGGUGGCCAAGCAGUGUGUGGUCUUCAACUGCUCAGAUGGUCUGGAUUACAUCUCUCUCGCGAAGUUCUUCAAGGGCUUGGCAUCGUGCGGUGCCUGGACCUGCUUCGACGAAUUUAACCGAAUAGAACUGGAGGUAUUGUCAGUGGUGGCGCAGCAGAUACUGACCCUGCAGCGAGGCCUUCAGUCAGGUGCACCUCGCCUCACUUUGCAAGGCACUGAGGUGAGUUUGGAUCCCACUUGUGCUGUCUUCAUCACCAUGAACCCUGGCUAUGCUGGCCGCUCCGAACUUCCUGACAACCUUAAGGCUCUGUUUCGCUCCGUAGCCAUGAUGGUUCCAGACUACGGUCUCAUUGCAGAAAUCUCACUCUAUUCGUUCGGAUUCGUGGCAGCGCGAAGUAUGUCCCGGAAGAUUGUGGCCACAUACAGGCUGUGUUCCGAGCAGCUCUCAGCCCAGCCCCACUACGAUUACGGCAUGAGGACGGUAAAGGCCGUGCUGAUCGCUGCGGGGACACUGAAGCUCAAGUACCCUGACAUGGAGGAGUCCGUGCUGGUGCUCAGAUCAAUUCGUGACGUGAACUUACCGAAAUUCCUCGCCCACGACCUUCCACUAUUCGAGGGCAUCAUCGCGGACCUGUUCCCCGGCGUUGUGUUGCCAGAGCCGGACUACACAUACCUGCGCCGGGCAGUGAGGGAGGUGUGCGCCGGCGCGGGGCUGCGAGCCAAUGACUACUUCAUGGACAAGGUUCAGCAGGUGUAUGAGACGAUGCGGGUGAGGCACGGCUUCAUGCUCAUCGGUAACCCUAUCGGGGGCAAGACGGUCGCUCUCAGGACACUAGCCAAGGCUCUGGCCAUCAUGAACGACCGGGGUGAAGGUGAGAACCGGGUGCAGGUGUGUGUGAUCAACCCGAAGGCUGUGACGGUGGGUCAGCUGUAUGGUCAGUUCGACCCGACCUCCCACGAGUGGUCAGACGGAGUCCUGGCCGUCAACUUCCGCAAGUUUGCCGUCUCUUCCUCACCCGACAGGAAGUGGAUCGUGCUGGACGGCCCAGUGGAUAGCGUAUGGAUAGAGAACAUAAACUCUGUACUGGACGACAACAAGAAGCUGUGCCUCAUGUCCGGGGAGAUCAUCUGCCUCUCAUCCACCACCAACAUCAUCUUCGAGGUCCAUCACCUGGAGAAUGCCUCCCCGGCUACGGUUUCGCGUUGUGGGAUGGUGUAUAUGGAACCGCUUGCGCUUGGCUGGCGUCCUCUGGUAGAGACAUGGCUGGCCAAGCUGCCGCAGACGCUGACGCAGCAACACAAGGCUGUCCUCACAGCUCUCUUCCACCGCUUCGUGCCCCCACUGCUUUGCUUCGUUAGGAAAUACCUGCUAUGGUUUAAGCUGGAAAGGAGUGAGUCAUACGUGCAAAAGGGUGUCUCCCCUACCACUGAUCUCAACCUCGUCCGCAGCUUAAUGAAUAUCUUUGACUGCUUCUUGGACGAGUUCACUGACCCUGCCUACACCAAGCAUCACCCUGAGUCAGACAUAAGGGCUCACCUCGAGAGCAUUUUCUUGUUCUCAGCCAUCUGGUCUCUGGGUGGCCCACUGGAUGAGCCCUCCAGGACCAAGUUUGACCUGCUGCUGCGUGAACUGAUUAGUGGAAGCCCCAGCAAGAAGACCACUGGCGAGUACGGGCUGGGAGAAGUGCCCCCAGCACCACACGAUUACCAGCUGCCCAUUCCUGAUGAGGACACUGUCUUUCAUUACAAGUUUGUCAAGGAGGGACGUGGAUACUGGCAAAAAUGGAGCGAGGACCUGACUAAUGCUGCCUCCAUACCUCGCGACGUAGCUGCCCACCAGAUCCUUGUUCCUACUGUUACUACUGUCCGUGUUGCUGCCUUGCUCAGUCUCCUGCUAUCUCAGGCCAAGCCACUCCUCCUAGUGGGUCCCCCAGCCACUGGCAAGUCAGUCUACGUUUCGGAUUUCCUGCGUAAUAAGCUGAAGAGCGACGUAUACAAGCCCAUGUUCGUGAGUUUCUCAGCCCACACCACCACUACUCACGUCCAGGACCUGAUCAUGAGUGGGUUGGACAAGCGCAAGAAAGGUGUAUACGGGCCACCAGUAGGGAAGAGAUGUGUUCUCUUCGUUGACGACCUCAACCUGCCGCAGACAGAUGCUUUCGGUACACACCCUCCUCUGGAGUUGCUACGACAGCUGGUGGACCACGCUACUUGGUAUGACAUUAGAAAAGAGGUCGAACCAAUCCAUUUGGAGGACAUGCAGCUGGUGUCGACCAUGAGUCUGCGUGAUAGUGGCAGGACACCACUCACACCUCGUCUUCUACGACACUUCAACGUGAUUGCCGUCAACGACUUCGAUGACGCCACCAUAUACGCCAUAUUUUCCAAGAUCUUGCUGUGGCACUUGGACACUCGUGGCUUCAGCAAGAUGUUUGACCCAUGCAUUGGGGAAAUUGUCACGGGGACACUGGAGGUGUACCGGGCUGCAGCGACCCACCUGAGACCCACACCUUCACGUUCACACUACAUCUUUAACCUUAAAGACUUUUUCAGGGUUAUCCAGGGAGUGCUAUUGUCGGUCCCGGAGACCAUGGAAGAUCUGCGGUCCAUGAAGAAGAUGUGGGUGCACGAAGUACUUCGAGUUUUUUAUGAUCGUCUGGUAGAUACCGCCGAUCGCAGGUGGCUCCUGGACCGCGUUGCAGCCGCCUGCAGCAACCAUCUGAACGAGAACUUCCACCAUCUACUGGCUGAACUAGACGAAGAUGGCAAUGGAGAGGUGUCUGAGAGCAACUUGCGUAACCUUGUGUACUGUGACUUUGCUGACCCCAAGAGUGAGAGUCGCCACUACGUUCAGGUGGAGGACCUGGAGGGACUCAGGUCAGUAGUGGAGGGUUACCUUCAUGAGUUUAACAACAUGAGCAAGAAACCCAUGAACCUCGUCAUGUUCAAGUUCGCCCUGGAGCACCUGGCGCGGAUCUGCCGCGUUCUGCGCCAGCCGCGGGGACACGCCAUGCUGGUGGGCGUGGGUGGUAGCGGCAGACACUCCCUCACACGCCUCGCCGCCCACAUCACUGACUACGAACUUUUCGAGGUGGAGAUGAGCAGGAGUUACGGGUUAACAGAGUGGCGGGAGGACCUCAAGACUAUCCUGAAGAAGGCAGGCACUGGGGAGCAACACAUUGUCUUCCUCUUCAGUGAUACUCAGAUCAAGGACGAGAUCUUCCUCGAAGCGAUCAGCAGCAUCCUGAGCAUCGGGGAGAUCCCUGGACUCUUUCCGACGGAUGAGAAACACACCAUCUGCGACAAGAUGAGGAAUGUUGACAGACAGCGGGACAAGAGCAAACAGACUGACGGGAGCCCAGCAGCUCUGUGGACACUCUUCGUGGAGCGAGUGAGGGAGCAACUGCACGUAGUGCUGGCCAUGUCCCCCUGCGGUGAGGCCUUCAGGAACAGACUCCGUAAGUUCCCAGCCCUCCUCUCCUGCUGCAUCAUAGACUGGUUCCAGGCGUGGCCGGAGGACGCGCUGGAGGCUGUGGCACUGAGGCUGCUCCAGGGAGUGGAGCUGCCUCCAGAGACUCUUAAAGGCUGCGUCUCCCUCUGCCAGUACUUCCACACCUCCACCCAGGACCUCUCCGACAGGUUCCUGAAGCAGCUACGUCGCUACAAUUAUGUAACACCCACCUCCUACCUGCAGCUCCUCCACACUUAUAUGGUCAUCCUGGAACGACGCCGAGGGGAAGUCAAGAAACAAGAGUGCCGCUAUACAACGGGUCUGGCGAGGCUGGAGGAAGCGGAGACCUCAGUGCUUGCCAUGCAACAGGAGCUGCUCAAUCUGCAACCCAUCCUCCUCACCAAGACCCGCGAGGUUGAGGAGAAAAUGGCUGUCGUGGAGAAGAGGAGAGGGGAGGUGGCAGAGGUGGAGCGCGUGGUUCGUCAGGAUGAGGAGGUGGCCAACGAGGCCGCAGAAGCAGCCAACGGGAUCAGAAAGGAGUGCGAGGCAGAACUGAACCUGGCCCUCCCACUGCUGGAGGAGGCCACCGCCGCCCUCAACACCAUCAAGCAAGACGACAUCGUAUUCAUCAAAGCCAUGAAAAACCCUCCGGCAGGAGUGAAGCUCGUUAUGGAGGCUGUCUGCGUCCUCCUUGGUGAGAAACCAGACCGGGUACCAGAUCCUCAAGGGACGGGCAAGAUGGUUGAGGAGUAUUGGUCCGUCAGCAAGAGACUGCUGGGAGAUAUCAAAUUUAAGGAAAAUUUGUUGAAUUUCGAUAAGGAGAACAUCAGCCAGAAAGCCAUCCAGACUAUACGCUCCAAGUACCGUGACAACCAGGAGUUUAAGCCAGAGAAGAUCAUGGUGGCAUCCAAGGCGGCAGAGAGUUUGUGUAAGUGGGUGCUGGCGAUGGAGAGAUACGAGGAAGUGGACCGCAAGGUAGCGCCCAAGAGAGAAGCUCUCCAACGUGCUGACCAGCAGUACCAGGGCCUGAUGGGAGAGCUUCGCAAGAAGCAGGAAGCACUGAGGGGCGUCCAGGAGGAGCUAGCGGGUCUCCAAGCAGAGCUCGACACUGUUAAAAAGGAGAAGCUGGAGCUGGAGCAGACGGUAGAAUUGUGUAGUAUUAAGAAGGACCGUGCGGAGCAGCUGUUAGCAGCUCUGGGAGGAGAGAAGACCCGCUGGACCGACAAUGCCCACCACCUAGCCCAAGUCUACAUCUACCUUACAGGUGACAUGCUGUUGGCAGCAGGUGUGAUAGCUUACUUGGGAGCCUUCACACCGGAGUACAGGAUGGAACAGACUACCCGUUGGCUGCAGGAGUGUCGCGAGAGAGGUGUUCCCUGUUCCGGAGAGUUCGUCUUAGCCUCGGUGUUGGGAGACCCACUCACCAUCCGUGACUGGACACUCAAUGGCCUGCCCACCGACCCCUUCAGUAUAGAUAACGGUGUCAUUAUCAGUAACACAACGCGGUGGCCGCUGCUGAUCGACCCACAGGGCCAGGCAAACAAGUGGAUCCGUAACAUGGAGAAGGACAACUCGCUCCAGGUGGUCAAACUCUCGGAUCCAGAUUUCAUACGCACCUUAGAGAACUGCAUCCAGUUUGGCCAGCCGGUGCUACUGGAGAACGUGGGGGAAGAACUGGACCCUAUCCUGGAGCCCUUGCUGCUUAAGCAGACCUUCAAACAGAGCGGCUCUACCUGCAUCAAACUCGGAGACGCCACUAUUGAAUACUCCGCUGAUUUCAGGAUGUACUUGACGACGAAGCUGAGUAACCCCAACUAUGUACCGGAGGUGUCAGUGAAGGUCACCCUCGUCAACUUCGCCCUCACCGCCGCCGGCCUCGAGGACCAGCUCCUGGCCCUCGUUGUAGCUCACGAGAAACCUGAACUGGAGGAGGAGAGAGUCACACUCAUGCUCCAGACUGCACAAAACAAGAAGAACCUGAAGGAGUUGGAGGACAGGAUCUUGUCAACGCUGUCGUCUUCUAAGGGCAGCAUCUUGGAGGACGAGACAGCUAUCAACAUCCUCAGUGAUGCCAACAGACUGGUGAAGGAGACGCAGGAGAAGCAAACCAUCGCUGAGGAGACGGAGAAGAAGCACCUGGUGGAGGAGUUUCCUCAGCACUUACAUGAGUGGCGGGCGGUGUUCGAGUCCGAGAACCCACACAAAGAGAUCAUUCCAUGCGAGGGAGAGGAUGAGCUCAGCCGCAUGCAGCUGUUGUGUGUUCUCCGAUGCCUUCGUCCAGAUAAAGUGGUGGCAGCCGUGCAAGACUACGUGGCUGACCUCCUGGGGAAGGCGUACAUUGAACCUCCGCCUUUCGACCUGACCCGCACCUUCACAGACUCCAAUUGCUGUCUCCCUCUGAUUUUCCUGCUCACCCCGGGAGCAGACCCCACCAAUCUCCUCCUUAAAUUCGCCGAAGAUCAGGGUAUGGGAGGAGACCGUCUGCAGAGUGUAUCGCUGGGACAGGGUCAAGGACCCGUGGCGACACGACUCGUCGAAGAAGGAACGAGAAUAGGCACUUGGGUCCUCCUCCAGAACUGUCACCUGGCCAAGUCUUUCAUGCCAUCACUCGAGAAGCUAUGUGAGGACCUCAACCCAGAAACUACACACUCAGACUUCCGACUGUGGCUCACCAGCUACCCGUCUGCACACUUCCCAGUGUCUGUGUUGCAGUCGAGCAUCAAGAUGGUCACAGAGCCACCAAAGGGACUGAGGGCCAACCUCAAGAGGCUGUACUUGGCGGACCCACUCUCCGAGCCUGACUUUCUUCAGGGUCCCGGCUCCUCUGAGAGGUUCCGAAGGCUGGUGUACUCUCUCUGCUUCUUCCACGCCGUCGUGCAGGAAAGGAGGCUCUUCGGGCCCCUCGGCUGGAACGUUCCUUACUCUUUCUCCGACACUGACCUCAGAAUCUCGGCACAGCAGCUCCGCAACCUCCUGGGAUCCUAUGUGGAGAUCCCGUGGGAGGCACUGCAGUACCUGACAGCUGAGUGUAACUAUGGAGGCAAGGUGACUGAUGAGAGAGAUCGUCGAACCCUCAGCACCAUUCUGCGGCGUUUCUAUAACCCCGAAGUCGUCCUUGGCAACCCACACUCCUUCGACCACCUAGGUGUGUACACGACUCCUGAAGACGGUGAGCACGCUCAGUUCCUGGAGCACAUCUCUGAGCUUCCCCGUGAUGCCCCACCUCACGUCUUCGGCAUGAACAGCAAUGCCAGCAUCAACAAGGACCAAGCCGAAACUAACAAGCUCUUCUCAGCCGUCCUCCUCACACAGGCGACGUCGCUGUCGUCAGCUGAGGGCGGGGGCGGCGAAGGAGAUGCCGUCGGGAGAACCUGUGAGGAAAUCUUGGGUCGCAUCCCUCCUCCAUUCCACGUCGACGCUGCCCUCGUCAGAUACCCCACCAUGAGGGAACAGAGUCUCAACACGGUGCUGGUACAGGAGAUGAGUCGCUACAACACCCUUAUCCACACUAUCAGCAGCACACUUAAUGCUGUUCUCAGAGCCAUUGAAGGUAGUGAGAGCUUGUCUGAGGAGGUGGAGGAAGUGCUGGUGGGAGUGAGGACUGGCCGGGUACCCUCUAUGUGGAGAGCCAGAUCAUACCCCACACUCAAGGGACUUGGAUCUUACAUCACCGACUUAGACCAACGACUCCAAUUUCUUCAGAGUUGGUACGACAAUGGGCCUCCGCGAGUGUUCUGGUUGAGCGGGUUCUUCUUCACACACUCCUUCUUGACAGCAGUGUUGCAAAACCAUGCCCGGGCCCACGCCCUUGCCAUCGACCAGCUGUGGUUCCACUUUCAGGUUCUGGAAGUGGACGAGGACAGCCCCGCUCCAGAAGCAGGCGCCUAUAUCAGAGGCCUUUACCUGGAAGGCGCCAGAUGGAACUUUGAAAACAAUCGUCUGGAGGAGGCUCUGCCUAGGAGGCUUCAUGAACACAUGCCUCCUAUUUGGCUGCAACCGAAGGUGCGGGAGGAAAUCCCGAAGGAACAGACAUACUCAUGCCCGGUGUACAAGACCAGUGAACGCCGGGGCAACCUCACCACCACCGGCCACUGUACCAACUAUGUCUUCUCAGUCAACAUUCCCACCCACCUGCAUGAGGACCACUGGAUACUGAGAGGCGUCGCCCUCCUCUGCUCCCUCUCAGACUAAAGCUUCUCGUGGACACUACGCCCAUUUUGUGCCUAUUUUUUCUCACCUAUUGUGGACUUCUUUCUGUAUUUAGUUGAUUUUCAUACUCAUUAUAGAAUUACUGCCCCUUCCUGUAUCUCUACGCUCCCUAUGUAUCUAGUUUUUCUCCUCUGUUGUAGACUCUACGACCCUUUUGUAUCCAUUUUAUUUUCUUGCUUGUUCACCAUUUAUCCGUCUACUAGAAAUUGUUUAUUUCUAAUCGGACAAUAAAUAAUAUACAUUUGAA